GUUAUACGGGCGGCGGUAACUCCCCUUGAAUUAAAAUCGAGAAUUUCCAACGUACGAGGGAGUGUUUGACAAUUUCGACGGACCUCCGUUAUACUUCGGUGUUCUUAGUUUAAUGCUAUAAUGGUAGGAGAUUUCUUACAACUAAAAUUUUUUUUAAUGUUCCUUCCCAGUUCGCUAUGGCUUCUAUUUAUACUACUUUUCUUCUUCUUUAUUUUUUUUAAAAACUUAAUGGCUAAGGAAGGCAAUCUACAAAUUAUUCCAUGAUAACAAGCAUGCUCGAGCGAUGCAAUUAGAGCAUCGCUUCCGCACCACCGUCAAAGGCACAAAGACAAUAAAUGAAUAUUGUCAUACUCUCAAGAAUCUCGCCGACUACCUUGACGACGUGGAUGCUCCGGUGACGGAACACGCGCUUGUUCUCAAAGUUCUUCAAGGCUUGCCGCAUGACAUCCGGGGUCAGGUUCAUUUUUUGCAGUAUCAAAACCCGUUCCCGACAUUCCUGGAGGUCCGAUCUGCCCUCCUCUUGGUCGAACAGCAGCAGGCCGACGCCCUCUCCAACGCUGGCUCGUCCACCGCCUUCCUCAGCUUCAACGGCGGCGGCGGCAGUCCUUCGGCGGGCGGGGGUCAGUCGCGGCAGGGCAGCAGCUGACAAUCCUCAGGGCGCGACAGCUUCGGCAGUUCCAAUCGGGGCAACUCUAGCGGCUAUCGAGGGCGUGGACGUAGCGGCCCGAAUCAACGACAACCCGGAGG